CCCAAACUCCUCCUUUCCUCACAAUGCUCAGGAGUGUAUUGUGGUGAACAUGGCAGAUGAGGAUUAAGACCCGGUAGGCGGCGGCGGCGGCGGCGGCUCCUGCUUCCUCCUCCUGCAGCUCGGAACCACCACGCCACUUGUUGGCUGCCUUUCGUGGACAUCCUUAGGAGAGGGAGGGAGGUGGUGUGAGGCAGUUGGAAAGGGAGGUAGCCUUCUGAAGCCAGCGAGCCGUGGUCUGUCCAUGAUUAUUUGGUCUGUGCAGGGCGGCGGGCAGAAGCAGGAAGCUUAAGCAUCCGAGGCCGCGCGUGCCUGUGAUGAUCCGGCUAUGGAGGGGCAGCGGGGGGGCUCCGACGGGGCUACCGGUUUGCCGAUGAGGCGAGGGACACGGCAGGGGCCCGCUGCCAGGAGCACAGCCAGCCACUGCUGCGACGAUCGGGUGCUACUGCUGCUGCUCGCCCUGCGCAGCAGCGGCGUUUCCCAGCUGGGACUGGGCGCCCUUUGCGUUGGAACUCCGCAUUGCUAUUCUUGCAGCUCCGCGUGAAAGGGAGGAGGAGGGCAAGCCAGGAGGAAGGACGGAGCAUUGAGAGGAGAGGGCAGAGCGCGACACGGCGAAUUGGCGGAGGAGGAGGAGGAGGAGAGAAGGGCAGGAGGACAGGCAGCAGCCGCCCACCCAGCAGCAGUACCACCAGCAGCAGCAGCAGCCAUGCUGCCUGGGGUGGGUGUGUUCGGCACCAGCCUGACCGCCCGGGUCAUCAUCCCGCUGCUAAAGGACGAGGGCUUCGCGGUCAAGGCGCUUUGGGGCCGCACUCAGGAAGAGGCGGAGGAGCUGGCCAAGGAGAUGAGCGUCCCUUUCUACACCAGCCGGAUAGACGAGGUCUUGCUGCACCAGGAUGUGGAUCUGGUCUGCAUCAACCUGCCGCCACCUCUGACCCGGCAGAUCGCUGUCAAAACUCUGGGAAUUGGGAAGAAUGUCAUCUGUGACCGAACAGCCACUCCACUUGAUGCCUUUAAUAUGAUGUCUGCUGCCCACUAUUACCCAAAGCUCAUGAGCAUCAUGGGUAACGUUCUCCGUUUCCUGCCUGCCUUUGUGAAGAUGAAGCAGCUGAUCCAAGAGGGCUAUGUUGGAGAGCUGCUUGUGUGUGAAGUACAGGUUCACAGUGGGAGCCUCCUAGGCAAGAAAUACAACUGGAGCUGUGAUGACUUGAUGGGAGGCGGGGGGUUGCACUCUGUUGGCACCUACAUCAUUGAUCUUUUGACUUUCCUCACCAGCCAGAAGGCAGUGAAAGUACACGGAUUGCUUAAGACAUUUGUUAAGCAGACAGACCAUAUCAAAGGAAUACGCCAAAUCACAAGUGAUGACUUUUGUACAUUUCAGAUGGUCUUAGAAGGCGGAGUGUGCUGCACUGUUACACUCAACUUCAAUGUUCCCGGGGAAUUUAAACAAGAUAUUAUUGUGGUAGGUUCCAGUGGGCGGCUGAUUGUAAUAGGCACUGAUUUAUAUGGACAGAGCAAUAGCUCAGCACAAAAGGAGCUCCUUCUAAAGGACUCCACACCAGUUAGCAACUCCUUGAUACCCGAGAAGGCCUUCAGUGACAUCCCAUCCCCUUACCUCCGGGGGACUAUAAAGAUGGUGCAGGCUGUCCGGCAGGCAUUUGAGGAUCAGGAUGACAGAAGAACCUGGGAUGGUCGGCCGCUCACAAUGGCUGCAACUUUUGAUGACUGCCUCUAUGCUUUGUGCGUGGUGGAUACCAUUAAAAAGUCAAACCAACUAGGGGAAUGGCAGAACAUUGUGAUUAUGACUGAAGAACCAGAAUUAAGCCCUGCCUACUUGAUCAGUGAAGCCAUGCGCAGGAGCAGAAUGUCUCUGUACUGCUAGCUUUCUGUCACAUCCUGGGGAAAAGUGGUGAAUCAAUGCAAUUCUUUCCUAAUAGAAGACAUGACCUGAUUGUCAGAUCUUAGACAAAUAAGUCAGUACAGGGGAUAAGCCCUUCCCAUUCAAACUCCAUUGCUUGGUUGGUGCUGAAAUAUUAGUUGCAUUUGAAAUGCCUGUGAUAGAUAGACAUAAAGGUUGUUCAAGAGCACGAUAAAAGAAAAAACCUGUAUUAACUGUUUACAAAAUAGCAUUAUAGGAAAGUAAAAUGGAAAUCUGUUCAUGACUUUCAGGCACAUAGCUGAUUCAAUUGUGUUUACUGUGAAAACUGUUCAGGAAAGUCUGGUUGGACAUUUUUCACCAGCCAGCAGGCUGUGAAGAUGCUAAAAUGUCAGAAAGUCCUUUGUGGCGGACUGGCUUCUGACACGAAUGCUUCCUAGUAGCCCUGCUAAUAAGAGCAUGCUAAUUUAUCACGGUUACAUUCAGUAGUGAACCAUGCAUCUGCAUGAGUUAAUAGGCAAAAUAAUAACACUUGGCAUGAAUGUGUCAUAGGAAAAAAGUUGGCAAUUUGGUUUUCAUAGAUAAUAUGAACCCUCAAUGUUGUACCUGCCCCCGGGUAAUUGACUAUAAACUUAAUGAUUUUAAAAGUAGAAAUUGUUUGAAGACAGUAGCAUGUUUCCACAUAUUUAUGCUAAGCUUCAUUACGAAGCACUGAUAUCUGUGGAGAAAUAGGGAAUGUGCAAAAAUUAUCUACAAUGUGGCCUCCCGGUUUUCAGAUGUUCUCUGAUUUUUGGCAAGCUCCAAAGGGAGAGCUAAAUUAGACUGUUGUAGCAAAACCAAAAAAAGCACCCUGUAGCACCUUAAAUACCAAUUAUUUAACACAUUUAUUGUGGUAUAAGCUUUCAUGUCCACUUCAUCAGGUGUAUGAAGUAGGUCAUCUGACAAAGUGAGUCUAGCCCACACAAGCGUAUGCUACAACAAAUUUGUUAAGGUUCUAGGUGUCCCAGGAUUCUUUGUUUCUGAUUUUUGGGCCUUAUUUCUAGGCUCCCGACUGGGCCAAAAUUCAGCACAUCAUAUGUUCAUCAACUAAAGAUAACAGCUUACAUGCUAUGCAGUUAUAUGGAGCCUUUGGGCUCCACCUCAGAGGUGCAGUGGACUUGGAAUCAGGCCCUGAUGCUAUUCAGAAGCAGCCGUUUCUGCCAGCAGCAUUGCCACAUUUAUUACAAUAGCCAUGAAUGGAGAAAACUGGGGUAAUACUGCUUGCAAAACUGCUGCUUCUGAACAGUGCCAGGGCUUGCUGCUGAGUUCACAGCAGCCCCAGGCAGAGCCUUGCGGCUCCAUAUGACUGCACAACAUGCUUUAGGUGGAAAUCAUAGAAAGCAUCAUUUGGCUAAAGGUGAAUGAUGACCUUCCCCAAGUUAUUCACCAACAAUAUGAAUGAUACUUUUUGAGAGUCAGAGAUGGACACUCUUCUCUUGUUAGGAGGUGAUCUCCAUGAUAACGACCCCAUGAUUGGAGUCUCAUACAGCCAAGUUGUGAUAAUUUUGCAGUCUUGCUUUCUGUUCCUUGAUGGCAACAGAUGGGCCUGUUGGUUAUGUUGCUGAACCCUGUGAGAUCAUUUAUCUACAUCAGGCAUCCCCAAACUGCGCCCCUCCAGAUGUUGCUGAACUACAAUUCCCAUCAUCCCAGCCACAAUACAUUGUAGCUGGGGGUGAUGGGAAUUGUACUUCAGCAACAUCUGGAGGGCCGCAGUUUGGGGAUGCCUGAUCUACAUCUUCACACAGGAGAGACCACAUCAAUUCCACAUCAAGAUCAGUGAGGAUUAAAAGAAAGAAUUGUUGCUUUUUGUAUUUGAUGUUGUUAAAAGGUGGCUGUGACAUCCAUGUCGAAUUUUAAAUCUAAUAUUACUGUUAUCUCUGGUAGCAGAUACUGCUAGAUUAUAUGUGUAGCAGAUUAAGCCUUUGUCUCAGAGCCAGCUCAUGUGAGUGCGGGCAGGGAAUGCCAAACCACCCCCUGAUUGGCAGUGUCUGAACCCCCUGGGCUUGGUGUGAAAUAUCCCAGGGAAAACUCUCUUAACUUUGCUAACAAACAAAGUAUGGGGAACUUAGUUCCACGUGACAUGAGUAGCUGGCAAGUGAUCAGUGGAGACUGGUUUUGCACUAAAGGAGCAUCCCCUCCUUCUCAGAGUUAACAAACUACUCUGUGAAGCUUUAGAAGAAAAAGCAAGAAAACAUUUUAUUAAAAAGCUACAACAAUAGGUUGUCUUAGGCUUCUCAGCUUUUGGGAUAUAAUUAAAAAUACUUAGAAAGUUACAAAAUUACUUCAAAAGCACCGAGAGUGUUCAGGGCGGCACACUUUGGAACCUAGACACUCAGUUGCAGAGCUUGCUCUCUCCACAGACGAGCGGGGAGCAGGGAGGCAGCCCUGGGUGGCUGGAUUGGCCGCCCACACGACUGCCGGGGGGGGGGGUUCGGGGGCCGUGCAGCCCCCGGAAGCUCCAGCAAGCCCUGUGCGAGCAUGCUGGAGAGACCCCCGAGCUGGGAGGCUGCUUUUAAGCCUCCCGGUCAGGGGUCUACUCAUGAGUUGCUGCAGAUUAGCAGAGCACUUGCUACGCUAACCUCAGCUAAGGGGAGGGGCAUUUCAGCGGGUUACCCGCUUUGGUGAGACCGGGCUCGGCUGCGAGCCUGGUGGUUCUCACGGUCAUACAAAAUCGGGCUAGGCUCCCUUAGCCCGAUUUUGUAUGACCGUGAGAAUAGCCUCAAGGGUUAACUUCCUGUUAACUCUUUAGGUGGGGGAGCUGGUCACUACAAUAUGUAUAUCCAUAUCAAACACCAAGCUGAUGCUUCUAACAAAAGUGGUAUGGGCAUUCUAGAAUUAGAGGCUUCUCUUUCUGUGUAGCCACUGAAGAUGGCACAUCUGCCUAAAUUUUAAACUGUGUCUAAACCGUAUUGAUUAUCAUGGUUUGCCCUUAGAAACAGCAUUGCCAGCUCACAACGCAGAGAAUCCUCCUGUCUCCUUGGCAGCCCUGCAGCUGUAAAGGAGGACUCGGCUGCAGCUUCUGCUUCCCUCCGCCCAGGAUCCCCUUGCCUACCCUCAGGUAUCACCUGCUGGAAUAAGCAAGUCUCUUGUUUUACCACACAGCAGGAAGAAACUGUCAAAAAGAUAGGAUUGUUCUCUGGGUUGCCACUUGGUAAUUCUACUGGGAGUUGUAACUUUGUGAGCUUGCUGUCAGUCUUUAAGGGCCUCUUCACAAAACUGUAGUUUUCAAGAUUCCUGGGAGAAGGGGGUACCGGGAGCCAACAAGAGUUACUGGUGUAUAAUGUAGACAUGCCUUUAAACUCUACUGUUUCUUGUGUGUCAGUCAUCACCAGUUUACAUAGGAUAUUAACAAAACAUGACUGAAUGCCCAAAAUACAGCAAGUUACAGAAAUAUUAAUUAAGGGCCAGAUUACACUUUGCUGAUGUGGCCUGAUCCAAUGUGGAACAGAAAAAGCUACAUUAAUGCCAGGAAUUAGAUUGAGCUCUGUGUGAGUAAGGAGUUCAGUGGGACAUCGUAGAAACUGCUAAGCCACUGUUGCACCCCUACAAUAAUACACAAUUGCAGUCAAUUCAUGCGUUCUUUAAGGUAUAAAACACUGAAGGGAAGGUAAAGAAGGGACUAUUCUGCCUCUGGCUAUACCAGUGCCAAGUUAUCUGGUUAUCUGAGUGGUAUAUGCUUGAAUCUUGGCGUCCUCUACCUAGAUGAUAGGGAAUUUGAGAAGUAAUCUGCUAACCACAGGCUGUUCCAGACCAUUAUGAAUGACCUCUACUACAGGACAGCCUUAAAGGUACAAAGCAAAAUAAUGUUAUUGCCCUACAAUUGGGUGUUUCCCUUGAUAGCUGCAUUUCAUUGGCAACGUUCCACCUAUGCAGGUAGUCCAUGCCUAUGCUUUGAAAAUAUUGAAGUUGCCUUUUGAUUGAUAGAUAGAUAGAUAGAUAGAUAGACAGACUUUAUUACGAUCGUAGAUCAGACUGUACAACAAAAAACAUUACUUAAGACUAGAGCGUAUAAUACAAAUUGUCUUUUGAUACAGGGGUCUGCGUUGUCGAAACAGAGGGGCAGACCCAUCUGUAAACAUUUGAGGAAUUCUUGCUGCAUUUUACUGAGUUCUCCCCAAAUAUAAUUUCUCCCCCACAAAAAGUGUCUUUCUUCUCCCUGCAUAAAACUUGAGUUUCCCUCAAGUUUCCCCUCUGUCUGCACCCCUGUGUACAAAUAUAGAUUAGAUAAAUUCCCAUCUUCAGGGCCUGGAGCAUUUCCAGACAGGGCUUUUAGCUCACUUCUCUUGAAUGGUGUGUGUUCGCAUAUCGGUCAGAUAUACCCCGAAGUCCCUGCAAGCUAUCGGGGAGCACUUCACAAAUGAUUUGGCCUAUUCAUUUUCCUUUAAGAGUGUAGCCCAAUUUAUGUCUGGGGUAAAAAAAAACUACUUUGACUGGGGGCAAAUUCAAAAUCGCAGUAAACCCUCUCAGUAAACCCGGGCCGCAGUAAAGCCUGCUGUCUGGAAAUGCUCCUGUUCAACAAAAGACAAAAAGCUCACAAAAAGCGGAAGUCAAAGAAUCAGGGUGCUCUUCAUGAAGAGGACCUUGAUCAAAACAUUGGCUUCUUUGGGGAAGGUUUCAAUGGCAGUAACUGUGUGAUAAAAGAAAGCUCUGUUUCUACGCAGGUAAAUCAAUAGUCCAAGUUAGUUCCUGAUGUUAUCCUGUUCAUUUUUAUGCCUUUACAUAUUCAACAAAAUUCCUUUUAUACAAAAAAAUGAUUCAGUUCAUUCAAGAAAAGAGCACUCUUAGAAUCAACGGGCGUUAUUUUCAAAUUGUACAACGAAUUCCAACUUAAACACCUAUAGAUAUAUUUCCCAAGGUCUGUACAUAAUCACUCAGCUUACAUUGGCUCUGGAACAUCAUAACUACCAGAGCUCAACAGUGAAGUGGAAUCUGUUUAUCUUUCCCUUUGGUAUCUACCAGUCUUUAAGAGUUUAAAGCCUGCUUUGCAGCUAGUUACUGCAUUAUCUCAGUACUGUACUUCAUCGCAUCUUUAAUCACUGAGUGAUGUUCUUUGAACAGCUCCACAGGGCCUGUUACCUCUUCCUGCUCCUGUCUUAAACUCACUGAUCCUGCCAAACUGCCUGAAAGGACCAGCUGCCAAUGGAGGGGUAAGUGAGUAGGAUGGACGCAGGAACGGGUUGGAUGGCAACACUAAGGAGAAGAGAACACUUCACUGCUAAAAUGAUCUUUAAUUUCCCCAGACACCUAGAUCCUUGUGCUCAGCAGCACAAUGCACACAGCUGCUGCUCACAAGGUCUCGCCAUGUGCACAUGGAACUAGUAGGCGGGGCAAAUAACAUAAAGUAGAAUAUAUUUAGCAGAGGGAAGGGGGAGGAAGUUUCAGAUGUCUUCAGAAAUGAAACUUUGCUUCAGAGGGUAACUUUGUUCUGAAAAAUUUGAUAUAGAUAAUCAAAGGUCCUGUACUUGAUGUUGCUGCAGUGCCAGCCACCCUAAAGUCUUGAAAAGCACUUGAAGAAUGCCUAACAUGUUUACUUUAUCAUGAUGCAUAGGUUUUCAGUUUUAAAACACAACAACACAGCCAAACCUGCUUGUGUCAUCCUGCCGUUUCAUUCCAGCAUAGGCAGGUCUGGUCAAGUCGGGCAUCUCUUUGUUUUGCUGCCAUUCUCAUUAAACAAGAUGGUGCAGUAAAGAUGUUUUUAAAAAGCAAGCAAGCAAAGAAAAAAAGUUAUUUAAAAAAAAAGAAAGCAGAAAACAUUGGUACCCAGCUCUGUAAAUCUUUUUAUGUAUAGAGUUAGCAUACCAUCUUCUGCCCAUGGCUGACUGCAGCUCCUUUCUUCAUCUGGUUCUUGAAUGAUGCCUUGUUUUUGCUUUUUGUGUGUUUUAUUAUGUUUAACCUUAAAAAAACAAAUCUGAGUGUACAUUUAUUGCUGUAUUAUAUAUAUUUAUUGUGUUUUACAAACAUAUAUAUGUAUAUAUAGAGAGAGAUACAAGAUGCAAACUAUAUAAUAUAUAAAAUGUCAAUGCAUGGACAUUUUAUGUACAGUAGAUAUUUUAAAGAAGUUAUUUAUCAAACAAAAGACGUGUGUGUGAUAAAAAAAAGAGUCUAUAUUUUAUAUAUCUAUACUGUAGAUAACAAAAUGAAACAACAUUUAAACUACUGUAUAGCAAAAGGAUUUGGGGAUAUUUUUUAAAGGAAAGAGCAAAAGCUGUGAUUGUCUCUAGUCUUUUAAUAGCCCAGCUACUUUGAAAGGAAGCUACCUGCUGUGGCCCUCAGCUGCCCCCAAAGCUGCCUUUUUGGCCUGCUCCCUGGAAGGACAAUCUUCUUGUGUUACCUUUUUUAUUUUUUAUUUUUUUUAAACAUUGCUUGGAGAAUGUGGUUCCUUAUAGUCAGCCAUGAGCAUAUGUGCGGCUUAAAACAUGGUUUCCUGCUGUUCUAACAUAUUUGAAUUUAUGGAAUACAAAGAAUCUAUACAAUGAAUAAAGACAUAAAAGGAGAUAGGA